AUCAACACUUGUGGAACACAUACUAAAAAUUACAUUAACUUUGAUGUUCACUUUUAUGAAACAAUUUUGCCACUUUUCCAUUAAUUUUUAAAGCUUUCUUAAAUCAACAAUUUUUUCAUAAAUCAAUUAAAAUAUUGCUGCAAGGACAUUUUUUUAUUUUGUCAAGUCACAAGUGUUGUAAAGUGCCUAUAAUGUAGUGCUGUAAAUGCCAUGACGAUUGUAACAGUAUUCAGUCCAGUGUUGUAAGGCAACGUGCGAAUGUAGCAGCAAAUUACGUUCGUUAAAUUAGCUCAAGCAAGUUUCAGUGCCCAGAAGUCUUAAAGAUCAAUGAGCAUGACUGAGAAACAGCCGCUUCUCGAAUGCAUUGAGGAAAAUGCAAAGGAACCUUACUCGCUGCCAGUAACAUGGAAGUCGGUACUCAGCUAUAUCUAUCGCCGUAUAUCGUUGCGUCGCAAUCGGUUUAUCGUUGAAGUUCUGUAUGCCAUAUUCACCAUGCUGAUUGCCGGAUUCUAUAUCUUAUGCUUUUACCUAACGGGCGUUGCUAAGCCUAGGCGUGUGGAUAUUGCGCCAGUGUAUCGGGAUACUAAUGUUUUUGGAAUGGAAGCCCACGAAUUGACUCCUUGCCCAUCAACAACGCAAAUGCUUUUAUUAAGGAACGAUCCGAUGAUUGAUCAGACAACCCUUUCGUCGCAAGGUUACCUCGUGUACAGCAAUCACUGCCGGAUUGUGAAUCUAGAUCCGUACAGGGACGAGGUGAUGCUCCACUUUAGACGUGUGAUCCACAGGCCCUGCAAGUCGGUGCCACCGCUUACCCAGGUGCACUACGACGCCAACGCCAAGCGCUACGUGCUAAGCAUCGAUGCCACUGCGUUCCCCAGAUACAAGGUGGACAACAUGCUCAGCUGCUGUUACAUAGGCGUGCAGCGUUUCAAUGAGGAUGCGGUCAACUUAACGAAAUGCCACACAUUUGUCACCAGAGCUCAGCUGUCGAACACAACGGACAGCAUCAUUGUCUCCUGUAAAAAUGAUAUAAAACAAAUCUACAUCAACGGACAUCCAACCAUACCGGAACGUGUGGCCGUGCGACAGCGACUGGAGCGCUGGGCGCACAAGGAUCGCGGCCGGCGUGUGCCCAGCGUGCUGAUGAUAGGCAUCGAUAGCAUCUCGCGUGCGAAUCUCAUACGUGCGAUGCCCAAGACAGCACAGUAUUUGUACGUCAAAGAUUGGUUUGAGCUGGCGGGCUAUAACAAGAUAGAUGACAAUACAUUUCCCAACAUAAUGGCUCUUAUGGUGGGCUACAAUCUGACCAAUGCCAUGAAGCACUGUAAUCCCUACCACGUGAACGGCCUAGAUAAAUGCGAUUUCAUUUGGAAGCUGUUCCAAGAACAUGGCUAUGUGACCGCCUACGGCGAGGAUGCGAUCAAGAUCAAUACAUUUAAUUACCGAAAAAAGGGUUUCCAGCAACCGCCUGUGGACUACUACUUGCGUCCGUAUUUGAUGGCCGCGGAAAAGCUACUCGGCGGCUACACAAAGUUGGGUCUGCCCCAUUGCCUCGGCUUUGAGACGGAGGCGAAGCAUGUUUACAACUAUGCGCUGGAGUUCACACAACGUUAUCGCAACGAAAGCUUCUUUGGCUUCUUCUGGACGAACACCCACAGCCACAGCGACAUAUCGCAGACCACUUUCAUGGAUAAGUAUCUGCGUCGCUAUCUACAGCGUCUGGUAGCGCAGGGCACGAUGGAGCACAGCAUUGUGGUGUUUUUCAGCGAUCAUGGGCUGCGCUUUGGACCGACACGUGCCACUUGGUCGGGUCACUUGGAGGAGCGGCUGCCUUUCCUGUUUAUCUGGCUGCCGCCAUUUGUGCGGAAGGCGCAUCCGGAGUUUGUCGAAGCGCUGCGCCAGAAUCGAAAUCGUCUGACCACGCCCUACGAUCUGCACAUGACACUUAAGCACAUACUCACGCUUUCGGGUCGCUCCGGCAGCCUGGAGUCGCUGGGCGGCGCCAAGGAUUGCCCGCAGUGCCAGAGUAUGUUGCUGCCAGUGCCGCUUAAUCGCAGUUGCGAGGAUGUGGCCAUUGAGGAUCACUGGUGCACAUGCAGGGAAUUUAAAAAAUUUCACCGGAGCAAAUUAGUGAAAAGACUGGCCAAUCAUGCGGUGAACCAUAUAAAUAAUUAUAUAGCCAGCUUUCGCAAUGGCAGUCUCUCCCAUCUGUGUGUGCCGCUAAAACUGCUCAGAGUCUUGACGGUUUAUAAGGCCGAACCGAAUGAAAUCGAUCCCAAACAUAUAGAAAGAUAUAUGCUAAACAUAUUAACGUCGCCCAACAAGGCGCUGUAUGAGGCAACGCUGUGCUACAACAGGAACCUGCCAGACGCGGAAAGCGUACAGUUGAGCGGCUCUGUCAGUCGUAUUAGUUCGUACUUUGGCGAAAAAAGUUGCCUGGGCGAGGUGCCACUUAAAAAAUAUUGCCAUUGCCGUCGCAAAGACCAAAACGCGCUUACAACUUCUAGAAGACUAACAAAAGAAUGAACAUUGUUUAAUACAUUCAGCUCAAAACUCCCUAAACAUA